AUGCUCGGUAGGUUUACCCUCUCGUCAAUUGAUCAACGUUCCGCAUAUUCACCCAAAAUGUUUCGCUCGCUUGUCAUUUCCUCAACGUUCAUUUCCUUCUCCUCCAUCGCUUCAGGCGCCUUUACACCCACCUCGCGCGCUGCUAGCGAGGCGUUCCCCUUCUCCCCCGGCUUCGACAUCGAGGCCGUCACCGAAAAAGCGGUCUCUCUACCCUCUCAUUCAUGGGAGUAUGGCACCGCCACCGAAGCCCUGCUCGAGCUGUACGAUGCCGAACACUCGGUGUACGGGAGGCCAUUCCCCAUCCCCACCAUCCAACCCCAAGACUCUCGUUCGUUGACGUACGCGAAGGAGAAGAUUGUCAUCGGCACUGGCGCAAACGCGCUGAGUGAUGGCGAUGGUGCUGUCAGCGACCCCGCUAGCUUGGGCGUCGGCGCGCUCAUGUUGGGCAAGACCAAUCAGACGUACUCGGCUGCCGCGAAAGAACAGGCCGACUUCAUGCUCAACGAAGCGCCACGAUGGUUCAACGGCGCCAUCUCGCAUCGUGUCUCCGUUACCGAGCUCUGGGCCGAUUUCAUCUACAUGGCCCCUCCUUUCCUCGCGUAUUAUGGCGUCGCGACCAACAACGCGUCGGUCCUGAUCGAAGCCGUCAACCAAUGUCUAUGGUACCGUGAAGUCAUGCGUGCAAACACCACCACCGGCGAAGCCACUCCGCCAACUUCGCACCCUGCGAUCGCCGACGGUCUCUGGGAGCACAUCAUCGGCCCUCAGAGCGCUGACCACGGCCUCUGGUCCACGAGCAACGCGUGGGCCACGGGAGGUAUGAUGCGCGUCCUUGCGACUGUGCUCAGGGCACCACGCGGCUUCGUUUCGAGGGAGUUCAAGAAGUCGGCCGUCAGCGACUUGACUGCGACCAUCCGCGAGAUCCUCGAUGGCGCGAUGCGCGUGCCGACCGAUGGAGGGUUGCUGAGGAACUACUUGGACGACCCGACUUGGUGGGGCGAGAUUGCGGGGUCGACGCUCCAAGCUGCCGUUGCAUACCGCCUCAUCACGGCUGCUCCUCUGCUUGCGCGCGAAGGUGUGCUGUUGAGGGAGUCGGAGAUCAGCAACUAUGUCCAGUGGGCCGAAGGUAUCCGCACCGUCAUUGGGACAGGCCCACAUGUCACCGCCGAGGGCAUCGUCACCCCUGCUGUCAAUCCUCUCUGGUGGGGCGAUCGUACUCCUUUCACUACCGGCAGUCCAGAAGGCAACAACUUCGCUGUUCUGAUGUACGCCGCCUGGAGGGAUUGCGUACUGGCCGGUGUGACAGGGUGCACAGCGCCCACAGCGUAG